AUGUUCUUUCCUUCAUUGAUCCUGGCUGCUGGCAGCCUACCGACUCUCAUUCAAGCCAUUCCUCAUGGCGCGAAGCCCCAUCACUCUUUGCACCGUCGCGCCGCUGCCACCUAUGCUGUCAUGGGUGGUACCGGAGAUGCCUCCGACGGAUGGCCGUCCAUGAGUCAAUGGUCGGACUACGAAACUCUUUGGGGUCUCAACCAAAUUCUCAUUGCCGCAUCAUGCGACAACUCUGACGACGAAACAAGCGACAUUAACACCAGUAUCAAGUCGAUUGCCGGGGAAACGGGCAUCGACGCUCGAUUUGUCCUUGCAAUCGUUAUGCAAGAAAGCAAGGGCUGCGUUCGUGUCCAUUCCACUAACAACGGUGUUCAGAACACUGGUCUCAUGCAGAGUCACGCCGGCGAGGGCUCCUGCAAUAAGGACGGGAACAUGGCAACUCCUUGCCCCUCCUCCAUGAUUCAACAAAUGAUCAAAGACGGUACCGCUGGAACUACCCAAGGUGACGGUCUCAAGCAGUGCUUUGAGGCCCAGAGCGGCGCCGAGGCGGCCAAGUACUAUAAGGCCGCGCGCACCUACAACUCGGGCUCCAUCGACUCGUCUGGUAACCUGGGCCAGGGUGGUGCAACCCACUGCUACGCCUCCGACAUUGCUAAUCGUGUCCGUGGCUGGGCCGGGGACAUGAGCGAGUGUAGCGAAGCUACCAUUGGAAGUGUUACCAGCGGCUCGGAGCCCGCCCUCGGUGGUAGCGAUGCUCCGAGUAGCUCCUCUUCCUCGACCACUACUGAGCAGCCCACUGAGACUGCUGAGUCUACGCAGACCUCUCCGGCUCCUGUCGAACCCGCCCAGCCUACCAAGACUACCUCCUCCACAUCCACUGAGACCACCACCAAGGCUUCUCGGCCCACCUGGUUCCCACACCUGCACGUAAACGUGGCCGAGCAGACCCCAACCACCACCCCAGCCUGGACAACCAAGGCCACACCAGCCGCGACAACUGCACCAGCAGCCUCCAGUUCAUCCUCCGCAACAGCCCCUCUCUACCCCUACGCCACUCCAUCAUGCCAAAAAUAUUACACCGUCAGCCGCGGUGAUUUCUGCGACAGAUUGACCGAGACCAUUGGGGUCUCCUUCCCCGAUCUCCGCAGAUUGAACAGUGGUCUUGAUGAGGAAUGUUCGGAUCUGUGGCUUGGAUAUCAGUAUUGUAUCAAGGCUUAA